CCUGCCGCCUGCGCCGUAGCCGCACUUUCACAAUGUGCUGCCCCUGCCAUUGAUGCUGCCUGCCGGCGCAACCUUCAAUGUGCACCGUGCGCGCGUUCCUGGUUGCGCUGAAUGCCCUGUAGCAACCAGGAAAGGACCAACCAACAGCGACCUGGGACAACAAUGUUGACGACGUUAUUUUGAUCCAUCGGCCAACCUCACUCUUCAACAUCUCUAUUUCAACUCACAAAAGCGCGCCUUUGAUGAAUGGCACCGGACUGUCACACUUUUUGAUUGCUUCAUAUUGGCCGGAAACCAUAUUUCAAUAAGCUAGUGAUUGGUUAUCACUAAACGCGACACAAACACUAACAACACUUGUCACGAUGCGUCUAUCAGCAAUAGAUACCCUACACCUUAAAGAAGCUCUGCAAAAUGCAGUUGUAAAAUGCUCCGAGCGUUGUCUUUACCAAUCUGCAAAAUGGGCCGCCGAGCUUCUUGACUCGGUUCCCGACCCAGUCCUAAGUGAUUUGGAUCAAGAAGCCGCGGCUGGACUUCAGGGAUACCAGCACCCGGCCUUCUCCUCCAACCCGGACCCAGUAGAAGCUGAGCUGGAGGCUAAGGAGCUCAGCAAGUAUCUGCUCGCCAAGUCCUUCUUCGAUUGCAAAGAGUUCGACCGUUGCGCUUCCGUCUUCUUGCCAGAUUCACUUCUCUCCGGCCUCCUAUCCACGAAAGCCAAUGAUGCUACUACACCAAAAGGCAAGGGCAAGGCAAGCGCCGCGCCGUCGUUCGAGCAGGCUCUCCCCUCUCUCAGUCAGAAAAGCUUGUUCUUGGCCCUCUAUGCCAAAGUCAUCUCCGGAGAGAAGAAAAAGAACGAAGAGUCGGAGAUGAUCAUGGGUCCUCAGGACCUGGGCACCAUCAAGAACAGCCAUCUGGUUAUUGUCAGCCGCUUCCUCGAAAGAUGGUUUGCCGAGCGCAAGGCCGAGGACUCCGAUCUGCCACCAAGUCAGGGCUUCCUCGAAUAUCUAUACGGAAUGGUUUCGGUCAAGGAAAAGAACGAAGACGCCGCAUUUGAUUACCUUCUCAACAGUGUCCAUCUGUUCCCAUGGAACUGGGGCGCUUGGCUGGAGCUCACAAAUCUCAUCUCAGGGGUCGAACAGCUCAACAAGAUAACCCCUGUCCUUCCGCAAAACAUCAUGUCUUUCAUCUUUUACGCCAACACGGCGGUUAAUCUGUAUCAACAAGGACAAGAUCUCGCUGCCUCUGUCAACGAUCUCCUGAAGCUUUUCCCCACAUCCUCCUUCAUACUAACCUGUAGGGCUCUCUUAAACUACCACUCCAAGGACCUCUACACUGCGGAACAAAACUUUAGCAACUUGCUUGCAUUACAUCCCCAUCGUCUCGAUUCGUUGGAUCACUACUCCAACAUUCUCUACGUUCUCAACAUGCGCCCAAAACUAGCAUUCUUGGCCCACCUCUGUUCCAGCAUUGACAAAUUCCGACCCGAAUCGUGCGUCGUCAUAGGCAACUACUAUUCCCUCUUAUCUCUCCACGAAAAGGCUGUACAGUACUUCCGCCGAGCGCUUACGCUGGACCGCUCCUGUCUCUCUGCCUGGACGCUUAUGGGUCACGAAUAUGUCGAACUGAAGAACACACACGCAGCCAUCGAGUCAUACCGGCGCGCUGUUGAUGUCAACCGUCGCGACUACCGCGCUUGGUACGGUCUUGGCCAGACAUACGAGGUGCUGGAGAUGAAUGCCUACGCUUUAUACUAUUACAAGAAGGCUGCUGGUCUCAGGCCUUGGGAUGGGAAGAUGUGGCAGGCCGUCGGGUCGUGCCUGCAGAAAAUGGGGAAAGACAGGGACGGGAUAAAGGCACUCAAGAGGGCAUUGCUAGCGGAUAGCUAUUACGACUCGACGUUGAGUAGCUUUGGGAGUGCGGGACCUGCAGACAGGAUGGCGCAGAUGGAUCCAGAGGUUUUGCUACAGAUUGCUACCAUGUAUGACCGCCUGGGUGAGGUCGAGGAGGCUAGGGCGUAUAUGGAGCUUUGUGUGGCACAGGAGGAUGGAGGAGCCACUGAAAACGUGGAUGCUUCAGCUGUUGGCACCUCAAAUCAUGGCGAAUCUUUCGUCGUUCAUGGGGAUUCGCCUGGGUCGGACGGGGAUGCAGAGGGAGGGUACGAGGGGCGUGGUGGAGCUGGGCAGGGAGAAGGGACAGGAGUGACAGUAGCCACAAGCAAGGCACGUAUGUGGCUUGCCAGGUACGCGAUGAAGACGGAGGACUACGUUACGGCUAAUCGGCUGGCCACGGAGCUGUGCCAGGAUGGAGUCGAGGUGGAAGAGGCCAAAGCGCUCAUUCGAGAGAGGCCGCCUUCUUUGGCGUUUCCCAAUAUUGAAGAGUACUUGCCGUCGGCAGCAAUGAUCAGUAUUGGUAGCAACGGCGGCGGGGGACCGAGGCUGAGGAGGGUCCCAAGAUCUGGACGAUACCACGAGUACGUCGACACUAUACCACCAAUGACCGACCAUGGAAGUGGUAUAUACGAAGACCGGAGUCAGGAAAGCGAUGGUGAUGAGAAUGGGGGAAACGAUCGCUACGAUGAUUGGUUUGGUGAAGGCUACCUGGCGGAUGGAUACGAUGAUGACGAUCUUGACAACGACGACGAUGAUGAUAACGGCGGUGCUCCUACGAAUGCGUGA